AUGGACCACACGAAAGCUCCGACCUACAACUCCAAAGAGGGGCUUGUUCUCGACCUGAAGAAUUUCAUCUGUCGCUGCCCAACUCGAGUGAUGAAGUUCAAUACCGCGAUCGAAUCUGCCGUCGAUGAUGGACCAGAAGACAUGAAGGCUGAAGGGAUUAUAACCCUAGACUCUUAUCUGCAAUAUUGCGAGAGACUUCUGCGAUGGGUGCCCAAUGUGGACACAACUGGUGAUGAACUGCUGCGCAAAAUCUUGGUCUUCUACUGGGUCUUCGAUCAGCCAUCUGUUCUCGGGCUCCAAACUCCGAUCUCGCCUGAAACUUCCAACAACGACCUAUCCUGGCUUUCAUACUGGCUCGUUUCCUUUGCCCGGCAACAGGGACAAUUUUUGAGUACCCCGGAGUCCGCAGGGCUUGUCUACACCUUUUAUCUGAAUCCGAAAUAUAACUCAGAUGCGGCGUUUUGGGAAAAGCCAGCAUCCGGUUGGCAGUCUUUCAACCACUGGUUUUCGCGUGAGUGGAAAAACAUCAAUAUCUCGCGGCCCGUUCAGGGUCUCUCAAAUGACCAUGUGAUCACGAUGCCCGCUGAAUCGACUUAUGCUGGAAAUUGGCCGAUCACCAAGGGAGAAAUUCAACUCCGGAUCAAGGGUGUGGACUAUUACCACUGGCCUGUCAAGGACCUGCUGCAGACCAAGGAAGAUACUUGGAAUGAGGGCCACUUUACCCACUCUUUCCUGGCACCCACUGAUUAUCAUCGUCAACAUGCACCAGUGAGUGGGGAGGUUAUUGAGGCAAGAGUCAUUCAGAACCAGGUGUAUUUGCAGGUGGCGAAGAACACUGCUACCGGCAGGAUCUAUGCGGAUCGCGCUAUGGUUCGUGCCCCAGCUGAAGUCAGGCGCCGGCGAGGUGUACGGGUUCAAUACGAGUCCGAAGGUGAAGAUGGUGAAGGUGGUGAAGAUGUCAGCCCUCGAGCCUCCAACAAGAACCAGGAUCUCGAUGCCCCGGAUGAUGCUGGCUACCAGUGGUGUCAGACUCGGGGGUUGAUUGUGAUCCAAACCGAGAAGUACGGCAAGGUAGCCAUUCUGCCUAUCGGAAUGGCUCAAGUAUCAUCAGUUGUGUUGACCGUGAAAAAAGGCGACCAUGUCGACAAAGGGCAAAACAUUUCAUACUUCCAGUUUGGCGGAUCUGACUGCGUGAUGGUUUUCGAAAAGAGAGUCGAUUUCCAAGUUAAACCAAAAGAGAAGGUGAAGGUCCGAAAGCAAGUCGCUACUUUUGAAGACUUGCCGAUUGUUGAUGACCUUCAAAAACGCUGA